AUGAGAGUUCGAUCUCCGGGUGGCACUGUGGAUAUCACAGUGCAUGAAGUUCUAAGUGGCGGAAAGCUUAAAGAACUGUACAAGGCUAGUGGUGGUAACUGGGGAGGUACUAGAGUUGAUCAGGCUUUCAUCGACUUUCUGUCCGACGUUACAGGUCCGGAUGUAAUGUCGAAAUUCAAAGAAAACCAUAUAGAAGACUACAUUGACCUGUUGAGACAUUUUGAAGUUAAAAAGAGAGUUAUACACCCCAGCAGUGACUCUAUAGUAACAUUCAGUAUACCACAAACGCUUGCUGACUUAGUGAAAGAACUCAAAGAAGAAACAUUACAGAAAAUAUUUGAUAAGACAGUUUUCUCAAAUCAGGUUAAACUAGUAGGGGUUAAACUACGAGUAGAAGCACGUGUUGCUAAACACUUCUUCGAGACUCCAAUCAGAAAGAUCGUCAGCCACGUUAAAGACUUGCUGCAAGAACCAGUAAACCAAGGAGUUGCUGCCAUUCUCAUGGUUGGUGGAUUUUCUGAGUCGCAAAUGUUACAAGAAGCCAUAAGAAACAAUUUUCCCAGUCUAGGAGUUAUCGUCCCUAAUGAAGCUGGUUUGGUUGUCCUAAAAGGUGCGGUGAUCUUUGGCCAUGACACAUCGACCUUUACAGAAAGAGUAAGCAAAUACACAUAUGGCGUGCGUAUUAAUAAUAAUUUCGAUCCUAAUAAACAUCCAAUAGAAAAGAAAAUAACAAUUGAAGAUAAAUUGUAUUGUAAGGAUAUCUUUUCUGUCCAUGUACAUGCUGGUCAAACGCUAGUUGUCGGACAGGCACAAACGAAAAAAUCUUACGUCACGAUAGAUAGUGAGGCGAAUAGUGUGCCAAUUGAAAUUUAUGCCACCUUGAAUUUACAGCCGAAAUACACAGACGAUGCUGGGUGUGAGAAGAUUGGCAUUGUGACAGUUCCUGUGUCCGGACGUGGUAUUGGUAGAGAAGUAACAGUAAAAAUGAUAUUCGGCGGUACUGAAAUAGACAUUGAAUGCAUGGAAGUAGCUACUGGAAAGAUUACGCAUGGAAUAGUGGACUUCCUCACAUGAUGCCUUACACUAUAAAAAUGCUUUUUCUUUUAUUUUCAGUGAUAAAAUGAUGAAAUACGAAAUUCUUAAACAUGAACAGGAAGCAUGUUAGGCAGUCAGGAGUUAUUUUUAUCAGCUUUAUUGCAUUUUGAUUUUAAAAUAAGUAAAUAUAAUAUUGAACUAAAACAUUAUAAUGAACGCUAGGCGAACCAAUAUGUGAGAAAUGUUUUUAUCAUCAGCAUCAUCAUUAUCAUUAUUAUUAUUAUUAUUAUUAUUAUUAUAAAGCACUCUUUUCACUUGUAAACACGUUCAAAGGAAGCAGACAUAUACUUAUAUUAAACGAACCUUGUACUGGUGUUGUUGAAUAAUGAGGAAAUUUUAAAACGUCUCAUUCAGUCAGUGGAAGAAUUUGUUACAGGCACUUUUUUCUAAUAUGUUUAUUUAUCAUAUAUGCACAAUGAAAUAAGGUUAUCAAUCAUUA